CUAGCAAGUCUUUGCUUUCUUUUUGCAAGUCACUUGUGCUCUUCAUAUUCUCAAGUGAUAAUAUACAGCGAUGGCAAUCCGUGUACCUGGCCUCAUUCAUGCUAAGCAGUUUCUCCGCCAAUCUAAAUUGCUUGUAAAUCAAGCGACUUCAACUUCUUUCAACGUUCCAAAAGGAUACUUUCCAGUUUAUGUUGGAGAGAGCCAAAAGAAGAGAUUCGUUAUUCCAAUAUCAUUCUUGAAUCAACCUUCAUUUCAAGAAUUGUUAAGUAAAGCUGAGGAAGAAUUUGGGUUUGAUCAUCCAAUGGGUGGUCUCACUAUUCCUUGCAGAGAAGACAUCUUCGUUGCUGUCAUGUCUCGCUUGAAUUGAUCAUGAUAUGCAACACUUUCAGUGACCAAUAGAUACAAUUUUUGUAAAUCCAUGUAGAUUUUUUUCUUUCUUGUAGACAGAGAGGUAGAACAAGAACUGU